AUGAGAAUACGGUCGAACGUGUUGCUCCUUAGCACAGCGGGAGCCUUAGCCUUAGUCUGGUUUGCGGUAGUGUUUUCCUGGGACGACAAGAGUAUUUUUGGAAUCCCCACACCAGGCCAUGCCGUGGCCUCUGCUUACGACAGUUCGGUUACCUUGGGGACUUUCAAUGACAUGGAGGUUGACUCUUAUGUCACCAACAUCUAUGAUAAUGCUCCAGUGCUAGGUUGUUACGAUUUGUCUUAUCAUGGCUUGUUGAAAGUUAGUCCUAAGCAUGAAAUACUUUGCGAUAUGAAAUUUAUAAGAGCCCGAGUCUUGGAGACCGAAGCUUAUGCUGCUUUGAAGGAUUUAGAGCACAAGAAAUUGACUGAAGAAGAAAAAAUUGAGAAACAUUGGUUUACGUUUUAUGGUAGUUCAGUAUUUCUGCCCGACCACGACGUGCAUUACUUGGUUCGACGGGUGGUCUUUUCAGGAGAAGGAAAAGCAAAUAGACCAAUAACGUCUAUUCUGGUUGCUCAAAUAUACGAUAAAAACUGGAACGAACUGAAUGGCCAUUUUCUGAACGUUCUGAAUCCAAAUACUGGAAAGCUCCAGCACCAUGCAUUUCCGCAAGUUCUGCCUAUUGCAGUAAAUUGGGACAGAAAUAGCAAGUAUCGUGGACAGGAAGAUCCUAGAGUUGUUUUGAGAAGGGGUCGUUUUGGUCCUGAUCCUUUGGUGAUGUUCAACACUUUGACGCAAAAUAAUAAACUUAGAAGACUUUUCACUAUCUCUCCAUUUGACCAAUACAAAACAGUCAUGUACAGAACUAACGCCUUUAAGAUGCAGACCACUGAAAAGAAUUGGGUCCCAUUUUUCUUGAAAGACGACCAGGAAUCUGUCCAUUUUGUUUACUCGUUCAAUCCUCUGAGAGUACUCAACUGCAGUCUUGAUAACGGUGCAUGUGAUGUUCUAUUUGAGUUACCACAUGAUUUUGGCAUGUCUUCCGAGCUACGUGGUGCCACUCCUAUGCUCAAUCUUCCUCAGGCAAUCCCGAUGGCAGACGACAAAGAAAUUUGGGUUUCAUUCCCAAGAACGAGAAUAUCAGAUUGCGGGUGUUCUGAAACAAUGUACAGGCCAAUGUUAAUGCUUUUUGUUAGAGAAGGAACAAACUUUUUUGCUGAGCUUCUCUCCUCUUCUAUUGAUUUUGGUUUGGAGGUUAUACCGUAUACCGGAGACGGAUUACCAUGCAGUUCAGGCCAGUCUGUUUUAAUUCCCAAUAGUAUUGAUAACUGGGAGGUUACGGGUAGCAAUGGAGAAGAUAUUUUGUCAUUGACAUUUAGUGAGGCGGAUAAAAGUACCUCUGUGGUUCACAUCAGAGGAUUAUACAAAUACCUGUCUGAAUUGGACGGUUAUGGAGGUCCAGAAGCGGAAGAUGAACACAAUUUUCAACGUAUCCUUAGUGAUUUGCAUUUUGACGGUAAGAAAACGAUAGAAAACUUCAAAAAAGUACAAUCAUGUGCAUUGGAUGCUGCCAAAGCCUAUUGUAAAGAAUAUGGUGUCACUCGUGGGGAGGAAGAUAGACUAAAGAACAAAGAGAAGGAAAGGAAAAUAGAAGAAAAAAGAAAGAAGGAGGAAGAGAGGAAGAAGAAGGAAGAGGAAAAGAAGAAGAAGGAAGAAGAGGAAAAGAAGAAAAAGGAAGAGGAAGAGGAAGAGGAAAAGAGGCUUAAAGAAUUGAAAAAGAAGCUUAAAGAACUACAAGAAGAGCUUGAAAAGCAGAAAGAUGAAGUGAAGGAUACAAAGGCGAAGUAG